AUGGACAAUAAUAACCAAGAAAUGGAGGAAGAGGAAACGGCAAUACAGGAAGUAGAUGAAAAAAGUAUGCAAGUGAACGCAAAAUCCAGUUCAGAGAUUCCAAGCACUAUACAUAGUAUCUUUAUAGCUUUUUUGAGCGGUUUAGUUGGUAGUAUACUCUUGAAACGGGUUUUUUUAACAAACACCCGAACUGAUAGAACGUCUUCUAUUGAUUAUAUUUUAUCUUCUCAAGAAGUAAAGGAAAGAAUUAUUGAAAUGUUUGCUUUUGAAGCACACGAUUAUA